AUGCCGGACUUCCACCGUGCGCCUGAGGUUAUUCUGGGCUUUCCGAGCUGGGACUACAAAGUUGACAGCUGGGGGGCUGGGAUGUUGACUUGGGACUCUAUCAGCACUCGCACAUCGAUCACGAAUCACAAGAAGGACGGGCAUUGGGACGAUGGCGCCCACAUCGCGGAGUUGGUCGCUCUUUUCGGGCACCCCCCUCGCGAGUCCACCCGUCAGGGAACCUAUAGUCAUCUUUUCUGGGAUGCCAACGGGUACUGGACAGACCUGGUCCUUAUCCCGGACCGAAGUCUCGAACAAGCCGCGGCCUAA